UGUAAAAACUUCAAAACCUUUCGCGAUCGACCAACCGAGAAAAGAGAGAAACUUGAAAAUAUAACAUUUUGGAGCUCUAGAUUUUUUCACAAUUCAUUGGCUCCGAAAAUGAUUCGAUUUAUUUUGUUGCAAAACAGGCAAGGCAAGACUCGUCUGGCCAAAUACUACGUUCCUCUCGAGGACUCCGAGAAGCACAAAGUCGAAUACGAGGUUCAUCGAUUGGUGGUUAACAGGGACCCCAAAUUUACUAAUUUCGUGGAGUUUCGUACACACAAGGUAAUCUACAGGCGGUAUGCUGGAUUGUUUUUCUCAUUGUGUGUCGACAUAACAGAUAAUGAGUUGGCAUAUUUGGAGUCUAUCCAUUUAUUUGUGGAGAUAUUGGACCACUUUUUCAGCAAUGUUUGCGAGCUCGACUUGGUUUUUAAUUUCCACAAGGUUUAUCUGAUACUCGAUGAAUUCAUUCUUGCUGGAGAGCUUCAAGAAACAAGCAAAAAGGCUAUAAUAGAGAGAAUGGGGGAACUGGAGAAACUUGAUUGAAGAUGACUCUGCAUGAAAGACAAAUGGUUCUAUUUGCGUCAAAAAUUUCUCUUAAUUUUUGUUCUGUUUUGGACAGCUGAAUCUUUACUGUGUUAUUCGGAACCGGAAAUAUAGAGCUUCCCUUUAAUCCGAUCCCCUUUUCCCAAUGCAGUCCUUGUAACGAUACUUUGUUUAAAUUGGAGAAGUUAUAUCUGGUAAAAUUUGACUUUCCUUUU